GUAUGAAGAUUUCAAGGAUUAAUCAAUUCAAAUCUUUAGAGGUAUACAAGGCAUCUAUUUUGGUCAGGUGUGAAGUUGUGGUGUGGUUAUAUGUGAUUGAAGUUGUAGUCAGUUGUGAAAAUUUCAAAUUGAGAGGGAGAAGAAGAGAAUCCAGGCAAGAAGUGUAGCAGGUUUUUAUAAAAUCAAGAAUCUGGCCGGCAUUUUGACUGUUUAAUUUGACUUCAUAGAAAGGUCUUCCGCCUUAAGUCUUGUCAAAUAACUCAAAUGAAAAGGUCUUUGCCGGCCUUUCCUCUUUUAUCUUAAAACUCUUAUAAAAGUUAUAUCCACGAUUCAUGCCCUUGACUGCUUCUUCCUCUCCUCUCUUUCUUCCCCACUCUCUUUAUUUUAAUUGAUUUUCUAAUUUCAAAAAUCAAUUUAAUCAAGUCUUGCCAUGGUAAAGGAGUUAGACGCAUGCGCAUAGUUCACUCUCAUUCAAUUAUUCUCUGCCCUUUCCUCGCCAUUUUUAAAAAUUUAAAAUUAAAAAAUAAUGCUUCAUCAAGUUUUUUAUUGCCGGAAUAAAUAAAAUCCAAGGUCUCAAACUAUCAGUUAUUUACUUAAUUUGAUACCUUUUUAACAAAAAAUCCCGCUCUAUAAAAUUUUAUUAUUAAAAAUAAAUUUCAGAAAAUGUGGUUAUUUUUAUUAUUUUUUGUUUUAAACACCUUUUAUAAAAAUGUUGAACCAUUGUCCAUAUUUGUAAAGAUAUCAUGGAGGGAAAUUAGUGAAAACAAAUUUGAAUACCCGCAUCACUUGACAGAUGAAACAAAGGAACGUUUCGACUUGAAAUUAACAGGAAAUUUACUGAGAGGUGGACAAAAGAUGAUAUUAUUGGAGAAAUGCUAGGAGGCAGUAAAUAUUUUCUGGAAAUUUCGAUUAAUGAACACAAUAUAAUUAAUCCUAUAAUGGUGGAAAACAAUUCA